AUGUAUUAUACAUCGAUUGACAGUAAUGGAGAUAUUGUAUGUUUGUUGUUGACUUGUAAAAAGUUAUAUUAUAAUAGUGCUUUAAAAAGAUCGAUUCAGUUUAAAGGAAUAAGACCUAUCAAUGAUAGAGUAACAACAACGACUACUACUACUACUAGUCUAUUCAACAUAAACUCAUUUAAAGAUAUAUUGGAGAAUAGAGGAGGAGGAUCCGCUGAUCAACUUGCAAAAGGAAAGAAAGUGAAAGCAACAUCACUAGAGUUAGUACUCGUCGACAGUGACACAUUAUCAUUAAUCGAAGAACUAGUCAUAGAUAACGGUGAAGAUGAAGAAACAAUAGUUGACCUUGGUUCCAUCUCACAGUUGACACGUCUUCGACAUCUUUCAGUCAAAGCACACAAGUUGAUUCUUGGUCCUCAUCCAACACUCAAGUCUCUGACACUAGACACCUUUUACGACAUUGACUUGGAAUCCACCAAAUUCGUAUCGUUGACAGAGCUGACCUUUGACAGUUAUUUUUCUGGGUUCCGACGAGGAAUCUUUCCAAGCAGUCUGACCCAUCUCACCGUGAAGCCCGGGGAGAUACCUCCACGAGAUACAUUCCUUUCAUUGAUGUCACUCGAGUACCUCGAUAUCGAUCUGCAAGGAGUGAGUAUGGACGACGAAGACGACGAUGACGACGACAACGAUGACGACGAGGAUGAAAGAAAAGAAUUCCUCGAUCUCGAGAGUCUACCAAACCUCAAGACACUAACAAUCUUUGACGACAACACUUAUAACUACGGUCUCGAGAUUAGUAUGCCUCCUUCCAUUGAGAUUCUUCUACUCCAUGCUGAAUGUCCACGAAUCCCACAUCGAUGCCCAAUGCCACUGUUGUACGAUUUGUAUGCGCCACAAAGUAUGCUGAUUGGUGGAAGGAUCAGUCUAGCGUCAUCACCAUUGCUCAAGGAACUGACUAUUGACCUUUGCGUUGAACCCAUGCCAGCCGAUUUCAUCGUCCCAUCCUCUGUCAACAAUCUUGCAUUUAUCAAAUACGCAGAUGAAGAACAGAUUCUUGAACACUUUGUAUUGCCACCAACUCUUACUGAACUAUCGAUGCAUGCAGAAUACGAACCCGUCCAACAAUUCCCAGAAUCACUCAUCAAACUAACAAAGACAAUCAACCAGGAUGCACUACCACUUCCACUUCCGCGUCAAUUAAAGAAACUGAAAUGUAAGUCAGAUGGGAGAGACGAUGGACCUUCUGAUUCCGACAAACCUGAAAGUGUUUUAUCAUUGGACUAUCCAUCCAGUCUUGAAAAACUCAACCUCAUCGAUGUCCCAUGGGGAUACACACUCGGUACCAUUGAAAACAUACCAUCUGUCAAAAAUCUAUUAAUUGCAUUACGUCAACCAGAGAAACCUUGGGAGAUAUCAGACUAUCCAAUCUUUUCAAUAGCCUCUAGAAUAUCUUUUGGCACAGAUCAACCACCAUCACAACAACAACAGCAAUGGUUAUCACCCAAUACUACACAUCUAACUUGCAGAUUCAUUACUCGUCAAACAAAAUGCUUGUUUAGAUUGGAUCAAAUAAUCAAUCACACCAAUGUUAGAUAUUUAUCUAUCCAAAUAGAUGACAGAAGAAAUCAUGAUAAACAACCAUUCCAAUUUUCAAUUCAAAGAUUAGACCCAGACAACAACAAUGUAUUGGUAUUGGAAACAAAGUCACUUCAAGGUGGUAUAAUCACUCAACAAAGAAAAACGAUCAACGCUCAACAACAACAUAGAAAUGAUCCCAUUUAUUUAUAUUUUGAUAGCAAUCAAUCAAAAAGUGAAUCAAAAAUCGGGUCAUAUCAAUCUGUCUCUCCAGAUGCAUAUGUAUUCAAAUGGAGUUUUGAACCACUUUGGAAAGAUCAACCCCAAACUUCCACUCAUCAUAAAGUGAUCACAAAAAAGACAAAGAAUAAAUAA